AUGGAUCAAAUUUUUCCUGCGGCACCACCCCCUCAAUCUGCCCUUGCUCGUUAUCGUCUUCUCUCUCCCAGGGCUGGCGUUCAUGUCUCUCCAAUUCAGCUUGGGGCUAUGAGCAUCGGCGACCAGUGGACUGAUACCGGGAUCGGCAGCAUGGACAAAGAAACGAGCUUCAAGCUCCUCGAUGCGUACUUCGACAACGGUGGAAAUUUCAUCGAUACGGCGAAUAGCUAUCAAGAUGGCUCCUCCGAGGCGUUCAUUGGCGAAUGGGCAGAAAAGCGAGGCAUUCGUGACCAGCUUUUCAUCGCAACCAAGUACUGUAACAACUGGCGCGUCCGUGGGUCGACUGCUCUCCCGACCAAUCGUCCACUAUUCAUUGGAAGCAACGCCAAGUCUCUUAAAAUGUCUGUCGAAGCAUCCCUCAAGAAAUUAAGGACCGACUACAUCGACGUUCUCUACGUCCAUUGGUGGGAUUGGGACACGAGCAUCGAGGAGGUGAUGGUUUCGCUCCAUAACCUUGUUGUCCAAGGGAAAGUCUUGUACUUGGGUAUCUCCGAUUCUCCUGCAUGGGUAGUCGCAAAAGCCAACACCUAUGCUCGAUGCAACGGCUUGACGCCGUUCAUCAUGUACCAAGGAGCGUGGAACGUCAUGGACCGCGCGUUUGAGCGAGAGAUUAUCCCGAUGGCGCUGGAAGAAGGGAUGGCGCUCGCACCUUGGAACGUCCUCGCUGGUGGCAAGAUUCGCACAGACGAAGAAGAAGAGAAGCGGCUUGCCUCUGGGGAACAUGGGCGCAAAUUCUAUGGCCCUGACAGUUGGCUGCGAACAGAGGAAGAGAAGAAGGUCUGCAAGGCGCUCGAGAAGGUCGCUGGAGAGGUCGGCGCGAAGAAUAUCGGAGCAGUCGCUAUUGCGUACGUCCUGCUCAAAACCCCGCACGUCUUCCCGAUUAUUGGAGGGAGAAAGGUCGAACAUCUCAUUGCAAAUCUCGAGGCGCUCGAGAUAUCCCUUUCCGACGAGCAGAUCAAGUACAUCGAGAGCGUUGUUCCGUUCGACCUUGGGUUCCCCCACAGCCUGCUUGGGUCCAAGUAUGACCCGCAAUUGCCCGCAAGAAUUUUCCUGGCCGCUAGUGGGACCCGUGAUAAUCUCCCCAAGCCCGAACCCAUUCGCCCUGCUGGGAAGUCGCAGUGA